UCGAUUUUCGGUUUCAUCGGCAUUCCGAGUUUUCUGUCUGUAAAUAAUUUUUUGUGUUCGAUCCAAGUUUGGGGUCGUGGACACGCUCUGAUCCUCGAAUUCACUCGUCAAUUUGUCGCCACAUAACAGAUCUUCUUCGGAUUCAAGAAACUGCCAGAAGAUGUCGUCGUCCAACGGCAGCUCACCCGCCGCCACCGACGCCACUCCGUUACUAGCGGACCAGAAUACCCCGCCUCGAUCACGCUUCCUCCGCCGCCCGCCCAGCCUCCGCGGCGCUGCUCGUUUCCUCCGCCAGGCCAGCAGCCGCGGCCGCGCGAUGCGCGAGCCCUCCGUCCGAGUCCGCGAAGCCGCCGCCGAGCAAAUCGAGGAGCGCCAAACCGAUUGGGCCUACUCCAAGCCGAUAGUGAUCCUGGACCUCCUCUGGAACACAGCCUUCAUAACCGUCUCCAUUGCCGUUCUGAUUUUGAGCCGCCACGAGACUCCUGCCAUGCCGCUGAGGCUUUGGAUCAUCGGGUACGGCCUGCAGUGCAUUCUUCACAUGGCCUGCGUUUAUGUCGAGUACAGAAGGAGGUGUUUGAGGCGAAAUUCCGAGGGGACUGAAAGAGCUCAGCUCAGUUACAGCCCUAACUAUGUGAAUUCCAGCGCCGGCAGUGAUGAAUUGGGGGCUGUCGAUUACGACUCCGAUCACCGCCAGAGUGAUGAUGAUGAAGAAAUUAGUGUUGCGAAACAUUUGGAGUCGGCAAAUGCUAUGUUCUCGUUCAUAUGGUGGAUAAUUGGGUUUUACUGGGUAUCUGCUGGUGGUCCGAAUAUAAUGAAUAAAUCUCCUCAGCUUUAUUGGCUUUGCAUUACGUUUUUGGCGUUUGAUGUAUUCUUUGUUGUCAUAUGCGUUGCUGUGGCGUGCAUCAUUGGAAUCGCAGUUUGCUGCUGUCUACCUUGUAUUAUCGCAAUUUUAUAUGCAGUGGCGGAUCAGGAAGGGGCUUCUAAGGAAGAGAUAGAGAGGCUACCCAAGUACAAGUUCAGGAAAAUCGGCGACUUUGAGAAGCAAAACGGCGAAUCUCAAGAAUCAUUCGGAGGGGUAAUGACUGAAUGUGACACUGACUCGCCCUCCGAGCGCGUUCUUCCUCUCGAGGAUGCUGAAUGCUGCAUCUGCCUUUCAGCAUAUGACGAUGGGACCGAGCUGCGGGAGCUCCCCUGCCGCCACCAUUUCCACGCGACCUGCAUCGACAAGUGGCUGCAGCUAAACGCCACCUGCCCGUUAUGCAAGCUCAAUAUACUGAAAACCACAAACCAGAGUGGCGAUGAAGAAGUAUAGUCGAGAAAACCGACGAAAAACUAGUCUCAUAUAUAUAUAUAUACACACACAAAAUACUAACUGAUUGAUCCUGCUUGAGCUUCAAACAUACAAUAUUCAUACAAUCAGUUUGGAUUGUUGGACAGAAACCUGUGCAAAAAGAGAGAGUGUUGCCAUUUCUGUUGUGUAAAUGAAUUCAUUCUAUGUUAUGUUGGAAAUGUCGAUGCAGAUUUUUUUAAUUAAAA